ACACCUUAAAAAGCAUACUGAUUCAGUACGUUACAAUUUGUGUUCAGUUAAUAUUCAAAUUUCUAUUCGGUUGAUGAAAGUCGAGAUAGAUAGUCAAUGGAAGUCUCCUGCAUGUCUGGAAAGUUUUUUUUUUAAAUAUAUAUAUUUGAAGUAACACCUGGAUGCAGUCCCUCACGUGUGCGUUUUAUGUUUUGAGCUGUUAAGGAAUAUGCCUUACGCGUUUCUCUGUUUUUGCUUAUGGCUUUUAGACGGUGUAUCUGGAGAUUAUUCAGAUGAAAUGGUGAUCUCAGUGAUGGAGGGAGAUUCUGUCACUUUAAACACUGAUGUUACUGAAAUACAAAGAGAUGAUCUGAUACUGUGGACAUUUAUACUUCCGAAUUCAGAGAAUCGUAUUGCUGAAAUCUAUAAACAGAUUGUCUCUGUGUAUGAUAAUAAUGAGAGAUUCAGAGACAGACUAAAGAUAGAUGAGCAGACAGGAUCUCUGACUGUCACAAACAUCAACAAAUUACACUCUGGACUUUAUAAACUACAGAUAAUGAAUGGAGAUGUCAAACACAAGAGCUUCAAUCUUGCUGUCUAUGGUGUGUUUGUCGCUGUGACAGAUGAAGUGAAGUCAGUGUCAGUGCUGAAGGGAGAUUCUGUCUCUCUAAACACUGAUGUUAAAGUACAGAGAGAUUACAUGAUUCUGUGGAGGUUUGGACCUCAAAACACUCGAAUAGCUGAAAUCAUUAAAAGAGACCAAAUCAACUUUAUUUUUGCCAGUAAUGAUGGACGAUUCAGAGACAAACUGCUGUUGGACAAUCAAACUGGAUCUCUGACCAUCAGAAACAUCAGAUCUGAACACUCUGAACUGACCAUCAUCAGUGAAAAAACCUCACUGAAGAGCUUCAGUGUUACUGUGUACGCUCCUCUUCCUUCUCCUGUCAUCACCAGUAACUCUUCGAACUGUUCUUCAUCUUCAUCAUCUUCAUCUAAACGUUCAUCAGUGUCUAAUUGUUCACUGCUGUGUUCAGUGGUUAAUGUGAGUGCUGUGACUCUCUCCUGGUACAAAGGAAACAGUUUAUUGUCCAGCAUCAGUGUGUCUGAUCUCAGCAUCAGUCUCUCUCUACCUCUGGAGGUGGAAUAUCAGGAGAACAACAUCUACAGCUGUGUGAUCAACAAUCCCAUCACAAACCAGACUCAACACAACAUCAACAUCACUCAACUCUGUCACACGUGUCCAGGUACGUCAGUGACUCUGUUCAUUGUUGUGGUUCUACUGAAGCUGUGA